AUGGACGGGCACUCGGAUGCAGCAUCGGUCCUCUCGUCGCGUGCCCAACAGCCGCAGAAUUUCACCCUCCGCUCGUUGCUCCUAGGAUUGGCUAUCGGCACUGUCAUCUGCUUCUCGAACACGUACUUUGGCUUGCAGACAGGAUGGGUCUCUAGUAUGGCCAUGCCUAGUGCGUUGCUGGGCUUUGCGUGGUUCAAGGCCGUAUCCAGGACCUUGUCGUACCCGUUCACUCCCGUCGAGAACGUUCUGGUGCAGUCUGUCGCUGGAUCUGUUGGCACCAUGCCUCUGGGAUGCGGUUUUGUUGGUGUCAUACCAGCUCUGGAGUACCUCCUCAAGCCCGAUGAGACUCAAGGAGAAGGCACUGGUGUCCACCUUUCCCUUACAAAGCUUAUUGUCUGGGCUGUGGGCAUCUGCUUCUUCGGCGUAGUCUUUGCUGUGCCAUUGCGAAGGCAGGUCAUCAUCCGCGAAAAGUUGAAGUUCCCUUCAGGCACAGCGACGGCCUUGAUGAUUGGAGUCCUCCACGGAGGAGAAAAAGACGCGAAGAUCAUCGACAUGGACAACGAGAGCGAACAUGAAGGAAGCAAUCGACAAGUUGAAGAGGAGGAACAGAGAUUGAUUGCGGGUGCUCCGACACAACGCAGAAGGCAACAACAAAACGUCCAAGCCCAGACUUACGGAGAUGAAGAAGAUUUGGGAAAGGACGAUCAAGCCAACUGGAAAGGCAGGAUCAAGCUUCUGACCGUCUCAUUUGGUAUCUCUGCCAUCUAUACUCUCAUGUCCUAUUUCGUUCCUCAAAUCCGCGAUAUCCCAUUUCUAGGCAUGUAUCUAGCAAAAGACUGGCUCUGGACACUGAACCCAUCACCUGCCUAUAUCGGUCAAGGUAUCAUUAUGGGUCCUGCAACCACUCUUCACAUGCUUCUGGGUGCCAUCAUCGGAUGGGGUGCGUUGUCUCCCCUUUCAAAGGCCAGAGGAUGGGCACCUGGUGCUGUGGAUGAUUGGGAAAAAGGUAGCAAAGGCUGGAUCGUCUGGGUCAGUCUUGCCAUCAUGCUGGCAGAUUCCAUUGUCAGUCUCGGCUGGUUAGUACUGCGUCCAACGAUCCAACUUGCUCGAGUAUUCGGUCCACGAGCCAAAGAUAGUAUCGCUAGAGGUACCUGGAAGGAAGACCUCCGCAAUUUUACUCAUCCUCAUAUGAGAGGGUACAGCCCUGUCAACCUCAACGAACCCGAUCAUGGUUCACCCGAAACUGAUGGCUUGAUAUCUGGAUCUACGCAAAUUAGGAAAACUAUUCAAGACACACCAGAGCCAGAUGCGCCACCUGAGCAUCUGAUCAGCAACAAGGUCACCUUGAUUGGACUUGUCCUAUCUCUAGCCGCGUGUGCUGGAGCAGUACAUUACGCGUUCGCAAAUCUCAUUCCCUUCGCUCUUACAUUAUUGGCAUUGGUGCUUGCUCUGCUCCUGUCGAUCAUGGGUGUACGCGCUUUGGGAGAGACUGACUUGAACCCGGUGUCUGGCAUCUCAAAAUUGACCCAGCUAUUCUUCGCUCUGGUCACUCCAUCGGGCUCGCCAAAUGCGGUGAUUGUCAACCUUAUCGCCGGUGCCAUCAGUGAGUCCGGCGCUUUGCAAGCGGGUGAUCUCCUCCAAGAUCUCAAAACUGGGCAUCUGCUCGGUGCGAGCCCGAAAGCGCAAUUUUGGGGCCAGAUUAUUGGAAGUGCUUUUGGAGCUGUGAUCAGCGCUUGUAUCUACAAGCUCUACACCCGAGUGUAUGAGGUUCCUGGAGGUAUGUUCCAGGUACCCACUGCCUAUGUUUGGGUAUUCACCGCACGUCUUGUCACUGGACAAGGUCUGCCUCCUAUGGUGGGAGAGUGGGCAGCUGGAGCAGCAGCUGUAUUCGCUGUUUUCACAGCUCUGAGAAUAUACGGAAAUUCGACAGGAGCAAAGUGGACUCCCUUUGUUCCUGGAGGAAUUGCAGUAGCCGUUGGCAUGUACAACACUCCUUCUUUCACCCUGGCGCGCACGAUCGGCGGCUUGAUCAACUGGUAUUGGCGCAGCUGGCGCAAGGAGUCGGAGACACCCAUCAUCAUUCUCGCCAGCGGUCUCAUUCUGGGCGAAGGACUGUUCAGCAUAGUCAAUCUGGGCUUAGCAUCUUUGCAAGUCCCGCACUUGUAG